AUGCAAUUCUCCGUCUUCACCAUCCUCCCCCUCCUCCUCUCCUCCGCCGCCGCGGCAGCCCUAGACACCGCAGAAGUCCGAGAAGCCCGCUCUCUCGACCAUUCCUCCUCGCCUAACAAUGUCGGCGGUGGUUUGCUGCCCAGAAGAGUCGAGUGCGACUGCUGCAGAGCGAAGGGGUCCGGAUAUUGCUGGUACAAGGAAGCGAAUGGAGAUAAAUACUGUUCUGCUUGUAUUGUUGAUGUUUGCCAGAAGAGGUGUCUGUGA